AUGUUGCUGUGCAUGAAAACAGAGACCUUGUCAGAAGCACAGCUGGACUGGAAUAUCCUGGGCCACCAGCCUCUGGCCUCCACAGAGAGACGUGUUAUUACCACUGGCUCUGCGAAGAAGCCGGACUUCCUAUGUGCUUAUGUCCUGCUCACCCUGGGGGCCUCCCCAGACUACAGGGACCGGCGGGGUCUGACGGCGCUGUACCACACCGUGCUGACAGGGGGAGACACCUCCUGCUGCGAGACGCUGCUGUUCCACCGAGCCAAGCUGGGGGUCAGGGACGAGAACGGCUGGGAUGAGACCCACCAGGCCUGUCAGAACGGUAACUCCCAGCACCUGGAGCACCUUCUCUUCUACGCAGACUCCACUUCCCAGAAUGCCUCAGGAAACACCGCCUUGCACAUCUGUGCUCUGUACAACAAGGAGAGCUGCGCCCGGAUCCUCCUCUACAGAGGAGCCAAUAAGGAGACCAAGAACAGCAGCGGACAGACGCCCUUCCAGGUGGCGGUCAUGUCCGGACAUUUUGAGCUGGGGGAGAUCAUCAAGAACCAUCGCGACUCAGCCGUCGUGCCCUUCCUGGAGUCCCCCAAGUACGCCCCACAGAGGAGAGAAAGUGGGCGCAGCCUGGCCAUUCCCCACCCUCACCCCUUCCUGCGGGCCAACAGUGACAACAGCAUGAACCUGCCUGACUGGAUGGCUGUCCCCAACACCCCCGGCUCUAACAUCGUCUCAGUGCAGGGCUACAAACACACAGGCACGCUGCGCAGCUCCAGCAGCCCUCGAGGGGCGAGGACGCGCUCCCCAUCCCGGGGGCGGCUGGGGGACAAGGAGGACCGCAGCCGGCAGAGUCGCAGGCAGGGCGUGGCGGCCGGGGCUGCGGGGGCGGGGGGCCCGGCCGGGGCGGCGGCGGGGCAGCGCCGGCGUCUCUACAGCGCCGUUCCGGGGCGAGUGUUUGUGGCCACGCGCUCCCACUCUGCCCAGGGGGACAGAGAGAUCACCUUCAGCAAGGGAGACCGGGUCAAAGUGCUGAGCGUGGGCGAGGGGGGGUUCUGGGAGGGCACGGUGAGGGGGAGGACUGGCUGGUUCCCCUCGGACUGCGUGGAGGAAGUGGCACUGCGGAACCACGACAGCCGCUCAGAGAGUCGAGGAGAGAGAGCCAAGAGACUGUUCCGUCACUACACUGUCGGCUCCUACGACAGCUUCGAUGCUCCCAGUGACUACAUCAUAAAGGAGAAGACAGUUCUUCUGCAGAAAAGAGACAGCGAGGGGUUUGGCUUCGUCCUGCGAGGGGCCAAGGCCCAGACCCCCAUUGAGGAGUUCACCCCCACCCCGGCCUUCCCUGCGCUGCAGUACCUGGAGUCUGUGGAUGAGGGAGGUGUGGCCUGGAGGGCUGGUCUGCGGAUGGGGGACUUCCUCAUUGAGGUGAAUGGUCAGAACGUGGUGAAGGUGGGCCACAGGCAGGUGGUCAACAUGAUCAGACAGGGCGGCAACAGCCUCAUGGUUAAGGUUGUCAUGGUGACCCGCAAUCCCGACAUGGAAGAAGGCUCCAGAAAGAAAGUCCCUCAGCAGAGCAAGAGACUCAGCACUCCGGCCAUCGCCCUGCGCUCCAAGUCUAUGACAUCAGAGCUGGAGGAGAUGGUGGAGAGAGCUGCUACCCCUUGGAAAAAAAAAUCAGAAUUUGAAUCUUCACAAGUUACAGAGAAGAAGAGGACAGUUUAUCAGAUGGCUCUGAAUAAACUAGAUGAGAUCCUUGCAGCUGCUCAGCAGACAAUCAGCACCAACGAGGGGUCUCGGGCUCAAGCUCCUAAACGAGACAGGGGGCGGGGCCUUUACAGCAACGAGCCAAGUUACGACCAAUCAGGGAUGGGGAUGGUGUCGUCAGGGGCGGGGCUUGGCUACGAUCGCUCCCAGUACGUAUCAGGCCAUGCCCCUCCUCAUGGGAUGCUGAGACAGAAAUCCAUUGGGGUGCCUGAAGAGGAGAAGCAGUACCUCAAUCCUCCGUCCGUGAAGUUCGCUCGCAGCCUCUCUGUCCCCGGCCCAGACGACAUCCCCCCGCCUCCCACCACCGCCCCCCCCGACCCCCCCUUCUCCUCCGCCCCCCCACUGGGCUGGCGGGGCAAGUCUUCCCAGCAGCCCUCCGUGUCCACCUCCACCUCCAGCUCCGCCCACUACCAGCUCUACUCCCAGUCCGUCCACUUCACCCAGGGGGGCCAGGAGAGGGCUGGGGGGCCCAACGCUGCCCCCGGUGGCGGGGGAGGGCCGGAGCACGCGCCCAACUACUCGCACGCCUCCGCCCAGAGCAGGACCGCCUCCAGGAAGGGGGGCUACCCCCCGGGGGACCCUGCCGGGGGCGGGGCUAAGUCCGGCGGGAUGAGGAGGGGCCACAGCAAUGCCGUCCCCCCCUCCGGCGUUACCGCAGCGACGCCCCAGCAGCAACAGCUGGGCUCCCAGAACCAGGCCCAGCAGCCAGUGCGGGGGGCCGGGGGGGCUCCCAAAGGGGGGGCCCGGAGGGGCAAGGGCCCCCUGGUGAAGCAGUCAAAGGUGGAGGACCUGCGAGGGGGCCAGGGCACCGUGGGGGGGAAGGUGCCCAUGGAAAAGAGCUCCAUCCCCAUUCCGACUAUCAUCGUCAAGGCCCCCUCCACCAGCAGCAGCGGCCGCAGCAGCCAGGGCAGCAGCGUGGAGGCAGAGCACCCCUCAGCCGGGGAGACCGAGGGGGCCAAGACCCCCCACGGACCCCCUCCGUCCACCCCGGCCCCCCAGCCCCCUGCCCCCCCAUCUGUUCCCGCCCCCCCGCCCCCCUCGCUGCGCUCCCAGGAGAACCUGGACUUCACCAGCCAGUUCGGCGCCGCCAUCGUGGGCGCGGCUCGACGCGAUCGAGAACGCUUCCACGAGGCCCGCCGGAGGAGCGCCUCCUUCUUCAUGUCUGCCGAGGAGGAGUUGGGGCCGGGGGAAGGAGGAGGAGGUGGGGGAGCAGGAGGGGGGUCCAGGAUGCAGGCCUCCCAGCAGCUGAGUGCCCAGUCCGGGGUUCCCCCCCCUCGCCUGCGCCCCUCCAAGUCCAUCGACGAGGGCAUGUUCUCCGGAGACACCUUCAUCCACCACACUCGCAGCAUGCCCCCUGCCUUCGGCCUGCCCGAGUACUCCUCCCCCGCCCCCGACUACCAGCCCAAGUCCGUGCCCCCCGACUUCUACGGCGCGGGGGUGGGCUCCGCCCCAGCGUCCGGGGCAGGCCGGCAGCCCUCAUCCGCCACCACCUUCAUCCACCCUCUGACAGGUAAGGUCCUGGACCCCUCGUCCCCCCUGGGCCUGGCCCUGGCCGCCAGGGAGCGAGCGCUGAGGGACGACGGGCGGAUGAGGAGGGAGAGAGGGGCGGAGCCUCACUUCAGCCGGCAGAUGUCCAGCGUGGGGGCGUUUCCCUCCUCCACCUCUGCCCCGCCCGCCUCCUCCAUGGCCGGGUCCAGCUCCUCCUACCUGGUCACCUCCUCCUCGCUGGCCGCCACCACGCCCACCGUGGGCCGCCCACCCUCGCCCAGGAUCCUGCGGGGGGCCGGGGGGGUCUGGGGGGAGGAAGCGGGCGUGGGGGAGCGGGAGAGGGAGGGCGGAGGGGCGAGGGAGGGGCUGAGGGUAAGGUUUUCCGAAGACAAGACCGUUCACACCCACCACUACCAGCCCAGCCACAAGGAGAGGGAGAGAGACAGGUCCAGGGAGAGGGACAGGUCCAGGGAGAGGGAGGGGUACAGCAGGAAGGUGGAGCAGCCAGCCCCCGCCCAGCCCCCCUCCCAGCAGCCUCGCCGCCCCUCCUUCCUGAGGAUGGAGAGCGAUGCAGGCUCCUACGUCCUGUCCCUCACCCCUCCAUCCCCCCCGUCUACAGCCCCCGCCCCCCCCCACACUCAGGGGGGAGGGGGGUCGGGGGGGAGUGGAAUGAUGGUCCUCCCCCCUCCGGCCCCCUCGGUCGAUGCGGAUGAUGAGUUUGUCUACGCGGACCCUCUGCCCCCUCCUCUACAGUUUGCUAACAGCUUCGACAGAGGCCUUGCGGGGACCUCAGGGUACCCGCGCCAGCAGCGCCAGCCGGCCGCCCCGCCCCCGCCCCUCCCCCCCCCGCCCCCGCCGCCCUCCCACAGAGAAGCGUUCCCGGGGUCUUACCCGCCCCAGCCCUCCCCCCAGGCGGGGGACUCCACCGCCUCCAGCCUCACCUCCUACGACAGCGAGGUGGCCAACCUCACCCAGUCGGCCCCCUCCCCCUCCCUAACCUCCCCUAACCCCCAGCCCCCGCACUCCCCCUCCAACCUCCAACCCACCUCUCUGACAGGACCCCCGCCUCCCCCCUCCGUCUCCCCCCCGCCUCCCCCCACCUCCUAUCACAGACCCUUCCUCCUAUCCCACUCCCACCACCUCUACAACAGCACCCCCAACCCUGGCCGCUCUUCCCCCACCCCUCCCCCCCACUCCGUCGCACCUCCUCCGGCUUACCGCAGCACCCCCUCGUCCUCCACCCCCCUCCGCGGCUCCUCCUCCACCACCACCUCCGCCCCCAGGGGGGCGCACCACCCUCCGGCCGGCAAGACAGGGGAGUCCCAGGAGACGGUGGUGGACUCUGGCAUCGAGGAGCUGGACAGCCGCAGUAGCAGCGACCACCACCUGGACCGCAUCCUGGCCCUGAGCGGGGCCGGGGCCGGGGCCGGGGACAGGCAGGAGAGAGCGGGAGGAGGGGGAGGAGACAGGACAGGACAGGGGGAUCUCCUGGAGUCGUACAUGAGCUACCUGGACGGACAGACGUUUGAGAUGCACAACGCCACCGCCUCCACGUACCCCAAGAGCCAGCGCUUCAGGGAGGGCGGCCGGCAGACAGACCUCCGCAGGCAGACCAGCACCGCCCCGCCCUCCUUCCUCUCCCACAGGCGCAGGGAGGAGGACGAGGAGGAGGGGGAGGACGAGGAGGGGGAGGACGAGGAUGAGGGAGUAAGGGACGGCUACAGAAUGAGAGACAGACAGAACUUGGGGAGGCCCGCCUCCCCCUACCUGGAGCGCCCCCGCACCCCUGAGGUGAAGCCUCUGUGGGGGGACAGCCAGGGGGGCAGCGAGGGAGGGGGGCAGGCCUACCUGGAGGGGAGGAAGGUGUACCCGCCGGCCUCCAGCAUGAAGCCCAGCAUCAUCACUGAGCUCAACAGCAAGCUGCAGCAGAGAGGGAAGGAGAACUGGAGCAGCCAGCGACCCCUCGGCAGACACAGGUUCUCCGAAGACACAUCUGCUCUGAGUCCUCCCUCUGCUCGCUCACAGUCCCCCUCCCCCGUGUCCCACUCCCAGCCCGCCCUCUCCCCCUCCCCCACCCCCACCUCCCAGUACCCCAACUGGACCCGCUCCCCGUCCCCCCAGCCCCCCGUGGCCCCCCAGCCCCCCCGCUCCCACUCGCCCCUGUCCCCAUCCUACUCCCCCUACCCCACCUCCCCCAAACACCGCCCGGUCUACCGCACCAAAGCCCUGGAGUUCCAGUUCAUCCCCAGUCGGGAGUCCAGGAAGGCCGAGUCGCACCACCUCCAGCGCCGCCGGGCCCCCAGCCCCCUCAUCUCCCCCUCGGAGAGGCCCAAGGUGGGCCCCCCUCGCCCCUCGUCCCUGCCUCUCCUGCCCACCACGCCCUUCUACAGCAGCCUGUACGAGCUCCGCGGCUCCGUCACCCCUCCUUCCCCCGCCAACCCCUUGGGGGACCCCUACUUCUCCCCCUCCCCUCCCCUCUUCGCCCCCUCGGGCGCCCCUCCUCCCCCCAGCUCCUCUCUGGUGGUGUCCCGUUCACUGUCCCCCACCCACUUCCUGUCCGGGACGUCCCCCCCGCCCCUCCACCCCCUCCCCCCUCCCCCCUGCCUGAGCUACCCCCACCUCCCUCCCCCGUCGCCCACCAAGCCUUUUGCCUCCAAGCCGCUGCCCUACUGGACGAAAUACGACGUGGCUGAUUGGCUGGGCUACCUGAACCUAGGGGAGCACAGGGAGCGUUUCCUGGACAACGAGAUCGACGGCACACACCUGCCCUCGCUCACCAAGGAGGACUACCUGGACCUGGGUGUGACCAGAGUGGGCCACCGCAUGAACAUCGAGCGCGCCCUCAGGAGGGUGAUGGACAGGGUUUCUAGCAGCCCCUUCCCCAUCUCCGCCCUGUCACCCCGGAACGGACGGAUAGAGAGGAGGAGGGAUGACGAGAGCCGCAGCUGAAGAGGCAGAGAGAGAGAGAGAGAGAGAGAGAGAGAGAGAGAGAGAGAGAGAGAGAGAGAGAGAGAGAGAGAGAGAGAGAGAGAGAGAGAGAGAGAGAGAGAGAGAGAGAGAGAGAGAGAGAGAGAGAGAGAGAGAGAGAG